AAUCUAUGGAAAUUUGACAACUAACUUAACCUCAAAACUAUUUCAAAAUACCGAUUUGUUUUCUUUGCUUAACAAAUAAGCUUUUGUGCUUAUUUCGAUUUAUUUACUACAUUUACAAACUCGAGUUCAUACAAAAACCAUUAUUAUGGCAGAUGACGGUGAAAAUGUGGCAGUAAUGACGGUGAAAGAACCUCUGGAUUUGAUAAGGCUUAGUUUAGAUGAAAGAAUAUACGUAAAAAUGCGUAAUGAACGUGAGCUCCGGGGGAAAUUACAUGCUUAUGAUCAGCAUUUAAACAUGGUACUCGGUGAUGCAGAAGAGACAAUAACAACAGUUGAAAUUGACGAAGAGACGUAUGAGGAAGUAUACAGAACAACAAAAAGAAACAUCCCCAUGUUAUUUGUUCGAGGUGAUGGUGUAAUUCUUGUAUCUCCCCCUGUGCGUGUUGGCAUGUAGUAUAAAUGAAUUAGUUCAUAAGUUUCUAUAAUAAAACUACUAAGUAAACAUUA